AUUCAAUCGUGGCGAUAGGCGUGGGUUCGUGGGGACCGCACGCCCAUCUCCGGGGGAAAAGCCUGAGAAGUACGGAUAGUGGACGCAGUUGUUGAUCGAGGAUUGCAGGUUUACCUAUCCAGGAAUUUGAUGACGGAGCUGCUGCUUUAAAACAGACGCACGCGCGCCGCACCGGGCCCUGAUGAUCAGACACGGGGACGGCUCGCUUCCCAGCUAGUGGAGACGCUCGAGGCGCAUCUGUGUCGAGAUGGCGACCAUCGACGGCCGGCCGACCCAGUAUGGGGUCACCCUCAAGCAGCUGCGCGAGCUCAUGGAGUGUCGCGGCCAGGAGGCCAUCGAACGCAUCAACACCGAGUUCGGUGGCAUCCUGGAGAUCUGCAAGAAGCUGUACACGUCGCCUCAGGACGGUCUGAGCGGAAGCCAGGCAGACAUCCAGCACAGGCGGCAGACCUUCGGGUCAAAUAUCAUCCCUCCAAAACCGCCUAAGAAGUUCAUUGAGCUGGUGUGGGAGGCGCUCCAGGACACCACCCUGAUCAUCUUGAUCAUCGCCGCGAUCGUCUCGUUAGGCCUGUCCUUCUAUCACCCGGAAAAGGAUAAAGAGGAAGGAGGAGUCGUCCGUUCCGGGGCCGUCGACGAAUCUGAAUCACACGCGAACUGGAUUGAAGGCGUCGCCAUCCUCGUUUCUGUGAUAGUUGUUGUACUAGUCACUGCCUUCAACGAUUGGUCGAAGGAGAAACAGUUUCGCGGCCUUCAGAACAGGAUAGAGGGCGAGCACAAAUUCUCCGUUAUUAGAGGAGGCGUAGUAAAUGAAAUCGUCGUUGGAGACAUUCUUGUCGGAGACGUGUGCCAGAUCAAGUAUGGUGACUUGCUGCCGGCCGACGGUAUCCUGAUACAGGGCAACGACGUGAAGAUCGACGAGUCGUCGCUGACUGGCGAGUCGGACCACGUCAAGAAGGGCGAAAAGACUGACCCCAUGCUGCUAUCAGGCACGCACGUGAUGGAGGGCAGCGGCAAGAUGCUGGUGGCGGCCGUCGGCGUCAACUCGCAGGCGGGCAUCAUCUUCACGCUGCUGGGCGCCGCUGCCGAGGAGGAGCAGAAGGAGGCGAAACGGCGGCGCAAAGAGGCCAAAAAGCAGCGAAAAAGCCGGAAGAAUAUGCCAGCUGCGGCGACGGCGGCCGGGGCCGACGGCUCGGCCAGCGUCGAGGAUGGGCUGGGGAACAACCACGCCGCCGCCAAAGCGCCGCCCAUCAUCACCACCACCGAGCACAACGACCGGCCCGGGCGCGACGCUGACGGCGGCGGUGGCGGCGGAUCCUCCGGCGGCGGCGGUGGCGGAGGUGGAGGAGUGGGCGGCAAGGAGAAAUCCGUGCUGCAGGCCAAGCUGACCAAGCUCGCCAUCCAGAUCGGAUACGCCGGCUCGCUGAUGGCCAUCCUGGUGGUGAUCGUGUUGGUCGUGAAGUUCUGCAUACAGAAGUUUGUCAUCGAAGACGAGUCGUGGAAGCCCAAGUACUUCGGCGUGUUCGUGAAUUUCUUCAUCAUCGGCGUGACGGUGCUGGUGGUGGCCGUGCCGGAGGGUCUGCCGCUAGCCGUCACGCUCUCGCUGGCCUACUCGGUCCGGAAAAUGAUGGACGACAACAACCUGGUGCGUCACCUGGACGCCUGCGAGACGAUGGGCAACGCCACAGCCAUCUGCUCCGACAAGACGGGCACGCUCACCACCAACCGCAUGACGGCCGUCGAGGUGUACGUGGGCGGACAGCGCUUCAAGCAGAUCCCCAAGUUCGAGCAGCUGCCGCCGCAGGUGGCCGACCUCAUCGUGCAGGGCAUCUCCAUCAACAGCGGCUACACGUCCAUGAUCAUCGAGAAGGAUGGCGACGCGCCUAAGCAGGUGGGAAACAAGACCGAGUGCGCACUCCUAGGGCUGGUGGAGCAGCUGGGCAAGAGCUAUCAUCAAGUUCGCGAAGACAAUCCUGAGGAGAGUCUGCACAAAGUGUACACGUUUAACUCUGUCCGCAAAUCGAUGAGCACCGUGGUGAAGACACCUGAAGGUGGCUACCGGGUCUACACCAAAGGCGCCUCAGAAAUAAUCAUGCAAAGGUGCGCCUUCAUCUGCGGCCCGAACGGCAAGCUGGAGAAGUUCACGCCCUCCAUGCAGGAGCGGCUAGUGCGCGACGUCAUCGAGCCGAUGGCGUGCGACGGCCUGCGCACCAUCGGCGUCGCCUACCGCGACUUCGUCACCGGCAAGGCCGAGAUCAAUCAGGUGCACAUCGAGCACGAGCCGAACCUGGACGACGAGGAGAAUAUCAUCAACAACUUGACGUGCCUGUGCAUUGUGGGCAUCGAGGACCCGGUGCGGCCCGAAGUGCCGGCGGCCAUCAAGAGCUGCCAGCGGUCCGGUAUCACGGUGCGCAUGGUGACCGGCGACAACGUGAACACGGCCCGCUCCAUUGCCACGAAGUGCGGCAUCGUCAGCCCCGGCAGCGACUUCCUCAUCCUCGAGGGCAAAGAGUUCAACCGGCGAAUCCGCGAUGCUUCCGGACAGGUGCAGCAGCAUCUUCUAGACAAGGUGUGGCCGCGGCUGCGGGUGCUGGCGCGCUCUUCACCCACCGACAAGUACACCCUGGUCAAGGGCAUGAUCGACAGCAAGAUGAGCAACACGCGCGAGGUGGUGGCAGUCACCGGCGACGGCACCAACGAUGGGCCCGCCCUCAAGAAGGCCGACGUCGGCUUUGCCAUGGGCAUUGCUGGUACCGACGUGGCCAAGGAAGCGUCGGAUAUCAUAUUGACCGACGAUAACUUCACGAGUAUAGUGAAGGCCGUGAUGUGGGGACGUAAUGUGUAUGAUAGCAUAGCCAAGUUUCUGCAGUUCCAGCUUACAGUGAACGUGGUGGCUGUACUAGUUGCUUUCAUCGGUGCGUGUGCAGUGGAUGAUACGCCUCUCAAGGCGGUGCAGAUGCUGUGGGUGAACCUGAUUAUGGACACGUUCGCGUCGCUGGCGCUGGCGACCGAGCCGCCGACGCCAGAGCUGCUGCUGCGGAAGCCGUACGGUCGCACCACGCCGCUCAUCUCGCGCACCAUGACCAAGAACAUCUUGGGCCAGGCAGUGUAUCAGCUGACGAUCAUCUUCACCCUGCUGUUCGUCGGAGAGCGGCUGCUGGACAUUGACGACGGACGGUACGCGGAGCCGGGCGAGCCGCCGUCCCAGCACUUCACCUUCAUCUUCAACACGUUCGUGAUGAUGACGCUGUUCAAUGAGAUCAACUCGAGGAAGAUCCACGGCCAGCGAAACAUCUUCAGGGGCAUCUUCACCAACCCCAUCUUCUACUGCAUAUGGCUGGGGACGUUCGUGGCGCAGAUUGUCCUGGUGCAGUUUGGCGGCCGGUUCUUCCAGACGGAGGCGCUCGAACUGGACCAGUGGGGCUGGUGUGUGUUCCUGGGCUGCGGCGUGCUGCCCUGGGGCCAGAUUGUUACGUGCAUCCCCACCAGGGCCAUGCCGAAAAUCCUCUCGUGGGGAAGCGCAAGCCCCGAGGAGAUCAUAUCGUCGCCGACCGUGGUGGACGAGGACAAUGGCAUGGGCACGAUGGAGCGGCGGAAAACCACGGGUCAGAUCCUGUGGAUCCGCGGCCUGACCCGGCUGCAGACUCAGGUGAUUGGUGGGGAGUUGCAAGGACGGCUGAUGCCGGUACCGUACAGCAAGACUGCGACUGACCAAGCUAUCCGUGUUGUGAACGCCUUCCGCCAGGGCGUUGACGUUUCUCGGCUUGCUGAGACAGGUAACCCGAAUUUGGCGGCAGUCCUGCAGAAGCAGAGCUCCUUCCAACAGGCGAAGAGGCUGUCGCAGGGGUCGUCCCUGGACUACGCCGAUAUGUGUCCGGACCCGGACGAGCUCAAAAUACCCGAAAUAGACGUGGACGGCCUGACGUCCCGGAGCCAUACGGAGACGGCCGUUUAGCUGCCGCCGCCGCGCGCGUGUGCGAGUGCGCUGUAGCCUUACUCCGGCGCCCUCUGGCACUGUCUCACUGCUGCCGCCCCGCUCACCCGUCCCGCCGCGCGCGGUCCGCGCGCCCCCCGAGCCGAUGGGCAGCCGGCCGCCGCCGGCGGCGCCGCCCUCUCUCGCUCCCCGUCUCUGUCCGUCUCCCACUGCCCGUGUCCCGUCUGGCGCUGACGCCCGCAGUGUUUCGAGACGCGCGCUCGAGCUGGAACCGGCGGCCUCCGCAAACGCUACCUGGCCUGUUGAGUUGGCUUGUGGGGAGUCGGUUACGUUUCUUGAGUUCGUUUCUCAGGGAGUGGAUUGGGUUGGUGUUGGGCGCGAGCGCAGAGAGCAGUGUCUGGACACCGGGCGAAGUGAUCGUGACGCGACGCUGGAGAGAUUAUGUUGGUCUCCGCCGGGAUCUGUAAAUACCGUUAAGAGCAACGAAACAUUCAGCGUUGUUAGAUGCCUUACAUUUGCGUUUGACCUAGGCGCCGCGCGCUGGUCUGUGUGAUCGACAACGGUCAGAGCUCCCACCUUCUCCCGCCGCCCUCGCUCGUGGGCAGACGUACCCACACUACAGUCGCCCGCGCUGUCGCCGCCGCCGCCGCCGCCGCCGCGCUGCCGCCACCGCUGCUGGCGACCCGCGCCGGCCGCCGACGCCAGGUUCUCGCGUCGGGCGCGGCUCGCUGGCUGUACAUAUGAACGGAGGGAGUGCGCCGCCCGCAUCCGAGGACAUUGAUGCAGUGCCGGACAAGCGCGCCGGGUGUGUUAUGCGGACUCCGAGUGUACUACGAUAUAUAUGCAUACAUAUAUAUCACAUGACCAAGUGAGAAUAGCAGCCACUCUUUAACUAGUUCAGUGUUGGAGGUGUGUGGAAUGACAGUGGUUUUAUCUCAGUCCUUGGAUUUAACAGUCGGCUUGUGCAUGCAUAAAUCGCGACUAAUGGGGGGUGAUAGUUGUUUGUAGUGAUUUUGUUACUGGUGAAAAAUGUUGCUAGCGGUUGUUCUUUAUUUUUCCUACUAAAUGUCAAUGUGGUGCCAUGCGCCAACUGCCCGCGUUCCUGUUUUCUCACCAAAAUGUUCUAUUCCUUGUCAUGUUACGCGCUCACGCUCGGGUAAACUUCCCAAAUUAUCCUCGUCUCUGUGUACCAUUCUCUGUACAGCAAUACGUUCAUCGUUACUGGUUGGGGUUAUGGCUGAAAUUAGACGGCGGUUCCGCACCGCGUCAUUGUUCUCAGAGCAUAGCUGUAGUCGAUCGCUGCCCGUCUUCUAGAGCUGUAUAAAGGAAGCCUAGUAUCGUCCUAGCUUGUCAGUCUCCAGUCUUAUUGUAUCGUCAGUAUUACAGCCAGCUGUUGAUAGAUAUCGCAAACAGUAACUAAUCGUGAAGCAUUUGAACGGCACCAGUGGUACAGGACUCAUUUGCAAGUUCAGAGACUUUUGUGUGAGAAAGCAGACGACAAAUUUACUGCGAGAAGAUGGCCGCGUUCCCGGCGUAAUGGCUCAGGCUCCCAUCUCCAGAUCCUCGCGAUGUCUAGCGUCCGCUCCAAUGAUAGGCAGGUCCCUUAGCCAUCACCAUGUAUCUGUUGAUUCCUUUCUUUAGUUAUGUGCAUGCUUCGUGCUGGUUGCUGUCGAUUGUUUUCUAUGAAGGGAUGAUUUAGAUGCGUCGGUGCCCUCGCAUCGCGAGGAAGGGUUGUUGUGUAAAUAAAUCUUAGCAGUGAUACACAAAAUUGUCCGUGAAGUACGUUGUUCGAAUAUAGUGGUGAUCGAUCAUUUGAUUGUUGACCUUCGCUGCGGGUGUUUCUGGGUGGCAGUAGGGCUCACCGUCGCAGCCCGGUCCGGUCCGGCCCGGUGGAGGGUUGGCGCGCUGCGCACUCCGGCAGCGUGUGCAGUGGCUUGUUUGCUUGUUACCGAUAGGCAUGGUGUGUUCUGUUGAGACCUCCCGUCGGCGGGUCCGCGCCGGCGAGCUGUCCGCCGGGAUGUUGAGGUUCGGUUGAGGUUUGAUUUUGGGUACUCAGUGCAGCGAAACUAGGCAGACAUCAUUUUGAUUGUUGGUAGUCAUAGAAAACUGGUUUUUAUCAAAUAAAUUUUAACGUCCACCUCGGUUCGUUGCUGGUGGCGGUGAUGUCUGCCAUGUGUGGUAGCGAUUGCGCUGACUGGGGAGAAAUACAGUAGCCGUAAGAUACGA